AUGGCGAAGCAAGCCAGAGAACGGAGAAUGACAGAUGAGAGAACAUCGCAGGAAAGCGAAGACACCUCAGACUCGCCGAAUUCCGAAGCAAGCGAUAGUAAAGAGGUAGUUGUGUUGAAACAUCUUUUUCCUGAAAAUGAAGAUGUUGAAUCGGAGAGUGAUGCGAUUGCUUCCUCACACCUUGACGACGAAAAAGAUCUGAAAACUUGCAAAACAUCAACAGAGAAGCAAGAUGAUGACGUGAAGAGCCAAGGUCGAGACAAAAAAGAAACUUGCCAAAACAUCAACAGAGAAAGCAAGAUCAUAAUAGAAGCAAGAUAUUAUGUGAAGGGUCAAGUUCGAGACGAAAAAGAAACUUGCAAAACAUCAACAGAGAAGCAAGAUCAUUAUGUGAAGGGCCAAGGUCGAGACGAAAAAGAAACUUGCAAAACAUCAAGAGAGAAACAAGAUCAUUAUGUGAAGGGUCAAGUUCGAGACGAAAAAGAAACUUGCAAAACAUCAACAGAGAAGCAAGAUCAUUAUGUGAAGGGCCAAGGUCGAGACGAAAAAGAAACUUGCAAAACAUCAGGAGAGAAGCAAGAUCAUUAUGUGAAGGGUCAAGUUCGAGACGAAAAAGAAACUUGCAAAACAUCAACAGAGAAGCAAGAUCAUAACCUGGAGGACCAAGUUGGGGAAGAAGACAUGGACACCUGGACUUCUUUACUGCUGAGACAUAAAAAUUCAUCGCAGUGUUCUUCGGAUUUAGUGACAGAUGUGAGCACACUUUCAGUGAAAGAUGAUAAAGCGGUGAUCAAAAAUAAGUACACUGACAAGAAGAAACUCACCAAGAAAAAUAUACUUAAAUGUGAUGCUGAGUCGACGCAGUCUCGGAAAUCGAAAAUGGUAAAGGAUAAAUCGGCAUUGAAAAAUACCUCAAAUGAUCACAAUUUAAAAUUGCUCAGCUCUGAAAAGGAAUGUGAAAUGGAGAAUUCCGGUGUACAUGAAGUUGCGAAAGAAUUGCCUAUUAAACACUUCAUGGAUAAUGACAUUGCUGCAUCAGUCUGUGGUGUGAAAAUUGGUUUCACUUUCAACAAAACGCUAAAAACUAUCACCACCAUGAAUGAAGCUUUCAUGGACAACGAAAUUACUAAUAACAAAAAUGCCUCAUGCACUCAAACAAAUAACACAUCCGAAACUUUUACUAGUAGCGAUUGGAAAGUGACAGAUUCCUAUACCUGUGACAGUCCAGAAGGCGGAAAAAAUGUUGAAACGGACUCUCAUAAAAGUAGUCACAGCGAGAAGUCUAUGGUACGAACUCCGGUUCGGACUUGUCGAGAAUUAUCUGAAAAUAGCGAACAAAUACCACCCGAUCCACCUCGGAAGAGCAAAUCUCCUAAACGCCAAACUGUCAAGCGAGAAUGUGUUGAAAAGUUUCGUUCGGAAAGAUCUGGUAAAAAGUCUGAUAGGUCAGACCGAGAUUCAAAAAAGUCUGCCAAGUCAGGUAAGGAUGCAAACAGGUCAUCUUACAAAGAAGAAAUUCACAGUCCAAAAAAAUCAACGUCCUACUCACGACAUGAACACAAAAAGGAAUUUUCCCGUGAAAGAGAUUCAACCGAGGGACGAAAAUGGAGAACAUUUGAGAGAUACGGAGGCUAUGGGCAAAGUAAUAACUAUUAUAGGAAGACACAGAGAAUAGUGCAACGAACCCCACGAUUUGCGCCCAACUAUGCCAGAUUACGGUUUGUGUACGAUCCCAGUUUGUACUCGCCAUUAUCAUCAUCUGAAACCGAUUUUGGAGACGAGGAAGAAGAAGAAGUAACUGAAGAAAAACCGAAGCACAAAGUUUUGCGAAGAAGGUCUUCCCGUGACAAUUCCCGCUAUCGAUCACAAAACAGAAAUAGUGGUUCUGCUGAGCGAUCGUCUGAUCGCAACUUCAAGUCCACCCGAAGUCCACCUCGAAGAAUUCCUAAUUGUGUUAUAAGGCGAGAAUUUAGUCCAGAGUCAGACAAAAAGAAUGAAACAAUACUUCCAGUUGGGGUACAAAAUAUAGAUGCAGUUAUACCAUGUAAUUCGAAGGAUAUUGAGAAUCUUGUGACUGCUAUCAGAAAGAAAUGUGAUAACGACGAUUUUGCUUUUCUCAACCGCGAGCAUAGUCGCCCAUCUUUUAGGCAACGUCAAUCACGAAAUGUGAGGCGACCCCAACCACGAAGACGAUCUCAUUCUCCGUCAUGCGCACCUGGAUUUACACCGUCGCCCCCACGUCUCAGAAAAAUGAAAAACUUUCGUCGCCGUUCUCUUUCCCCUGUUUCGCGGAUAGAACGAUCACCCUAUUUUAAGUUGGAAACUGCUAUGGCAGAUAUUGAAUACAUGAGAAACACUUUUCAGGAUAAUAUACAGUAUCCUACCACUGGACUGUAUACAACUUCCCCUUUUACACCAUUCAAUUCAGUCAAUGCAUUUUCAGAGUUCGAACGAGUGUGGAAUGUAGGCAAAGCAGGAAACAAUGGUACAGACUCGCUUAACGUUGAACAACGUGAAUCAUAUUUACCGCGUACCGCUGAAACAACUCGUUCUAAAAUAGACAGACAUUUCAUAAACGGCGCUGUUAGUUUGUCCAGUGAGCUGAAGCGUUCUGAUAAUAGUCCGUUUACGCCAAUUGCAAGUCAAUUCAGUUUUAACGGCACACAACAGGCAGUACCCGUUUGUUCAUUGUACUCAUUUCAGCAGCGUGAGCAGACAGGAAGUUCUUUUCUGGUCGGAGAGUUUGAAAACAUGCGAGUGCGUGAAUUAACCGACUCGAAUAAAUAUACAGAUGGUGAAGUUAUUAUACUAAAAGGUGGUCAUCGAUAUCUGGAAGACUCAUCAGAGGAGAUGUGGCCUUUUUUGACAGGCAAUACUAAUCAAGAGUCUUCGUUGGAUGAUAAUUGUGAUAGCGAAGUAGAAAAUUUAAUGUUCAGCAGACUUUCCGGACUUCGCAGAAAAAAAACUGAAGUGGUAAAGCGUAAUGAUUCCAUGAAACCACAAACCAGCGAGUACGCAAAUUCUUUAAAAGUAAGCGAAAAACAAUCGAUUGCCUCUCAUUUGGUAUCUACCUCUUGUAAUGUUGAAACAGUAUUAACAACACUGACUGAGUCGCAAGCAGUACAGCCUUCUAUUGUUACCAGGAAGUACGGGGAAAAUGGUGACUCAAUUGACAGCCCACACAUUGAACCGCGUACAAAAAUUGAUAUAAGCGUUAAUACGCUACCAUCUGCAAAAAUGACGGUGAGUGCGUCAGACACAAUCACAGCACAAGGUACUGGAAAUUCAUUUAGUCGAAGUGUGUCUAGCAAAAAUCCCACAACUUCAAGCGUUGCCGUUAACAGUUGUGUUCAAAAAUCCGUCGUUCAUGGAACUGCAGUCUCACCUAAUGUUACCAAUGCAUUUGAGAAGGAAAGCAAUAUCAAGUCGCGCCUUAGUGACGUGAAGCCGCUGAAAGUUGUAGAUAGUGCAGACAAGAAACCAAGCAUAGAAGUAAUACAGCAAUCUGAAUGUAAAAUUAAAAAGAAUGAAAAUACUAUAAUAUUGAAUGAUGCCAACGUAGCAUGCCAGUCGACAGAUACUGCAGAUGUGCCUUCAAAUAAAAAGGAAAUAUCAAAUUCUGUGUUGUCGGAUCAGUUAACGGUUAGCAAUAGCCCAGUCGUUCCGAAAAAGAUCCAAUUGAAAAGGAUGUUAUUGGGAAGUGACGCGAAAUCGUGGAAAAAACAAAUGCUGCUGAAAGCCCAAAGUGUUCCGGUUAAUGAGAGCGUGUUUAUGUAUAGUACUAAUGUGUCAAAAAAAUCAGAGAAUAAAUCGAAUUUCUCCCAAAAGUCUUUUGGCGUCAACGAAUGUCCUGUUUCCAUGAAGGGAAAUAGUUUUAUGAUAAAAAAUAUCUCCCAAGAAUAUGAACCUCAGAUAACGAAAAACACUGCUGGGGAAAUUAUUACUGCAGAAAAUCCCAAUGUCUGUGAUAUACCUGAUGAAGCCAAAGAUUGUCAACAAAUGACGAACAACCCUGUUUGUUCAUCUGCAGGUGGUCUGGACCUCCGCCGAGAAAGUGAACCUCAAAUAUCGGAAAACGCUGUUGCGAAAAUUGUUACUGCAGAAAAACAAAAUGUCUGUGAUAUAUCUGAUGUAGCCAAUGAUUGCCAACAAAUAGUAACGAACCCUAUUUGUUCAACUACAAGUGGUUUGGACAUUACAACUAGAAGCAGAUAUGAAAAUCAAUCUAUGACACCAACAACGCCCGUUACCUCAGAAAGUAGUGAGAAUUUAUUAGUUCCUGCUACGAAAAAUCCACAAUUCAAUCCUGCUUCCUCCAUCGUCUCAGUUGUCGCAAAAUCAUUUGCCACUGUCUCCAAAUCCUCAAUCUCUUCAUCAGCUGGCACAGAUGGGGAUUUAAGUAGUGCAAGGAUAUUUUCAAACGUUGGUCGAUCGUCAGUUACAAUUGUAAAUGACUUAGUCACACCGAUCGUUGAACCAAAAACUCCUACCGCCCUCGCUGCUAGGAGUACUUUCAGAGGACCACAGAUAAGACAAAUGAAUACACCCAUACCGAAAUAUCCUCCAUCUGUUGAAACUUCAAUUCAAUCGAAAGCCGUUUCGAACAAACCUUAUUUCAGGUCGUCGCGUCAACAAGUACCACAAGUUACAUCGGACAAUCGUCCCAGUAUCUUCAAGCUCGCCUCUACCACCAGUGUCACUUCACCUAGUUACAUUAGUACAUCUCCUCCCAUAUCUGUAAUCUGCUCAGUAUCAAAUCCUACAGUGUCUGCAGAUGUACCGGUCUCGCCAGCUGUAAUAAGUAGGAUAUCCUCUAAACAAUCUUCGUCAGAAUCACGGGAGAUUCCACAACAAGCUGAUGGUUUGUAUUCUGCAGUGAAAUAUUCAUCAUACACUGGAGGUACGAAUAAUAACCAAAUAUCCAAUCAGAUGAGCACAAAUCAAGUUAAUCCAAAAACUGUGGCUCCGAAACCUUUGAAGUCAAUUUUAUACAAGCCACCAGUACCUGACGCCACAAUACAAGCCGUAAAGCACCCAGAGAAGAAGAAUGACUCACAGGAAAGUGUUUCUCUGAACACGUCUUGUACUGACUCGAUAAAACAGUUUCCAUCGGAUACCAUUCCAGAUCGUAGAAAUACAUUUGAAGAUCUGUUUCCAAAAACACACAAUGGGUUGUUUCCGAAACGUAAGUUAUCUAAUAAAAAUGCUAAAUCUAACCAGAGGAAGCGUAGUUUUGGUACAUCACUAAGGCAAUCCCGGGGCCGUGGAGCGAAACGUGGAGGCGGCAGUCAGCGGGGAAGAAGAAAAAGAAGAAAGCGUUUACCUUCAAUAUCGUCUGACGAAGACAUCAUUGAGGAACUUAACGCUACUGCAUGUUCAUUCAAACCGAAAGCAGAGAGUCCGGUAGAAAAUAGUGAAUCGGCCGAAUCCGGUGACGAGGACAGUGAUGGCGGAUUAGUUAGCUUCAUGGAACAGUCUGAAGGCCAAUUAGAUGACUUCAUGAGAUUUGAGUUGAGAGAAGAACAGCGAAAUAACAAAGAAAAAAUAUUUUGUCUGACAAUCAGACCUUAACGGAAAAUGAAAAAGCAUUUAAA